AACAUCAUUGACGUAGCAUGGUAACACUGCAACUGAACGUAUAAAUCGAGGACUGAUCCAUUUACAAUAAACAAAGUAGCUCGCGGGUCUAGGUCACGCCUAGGCUGUAAACCAUUUGGCUAUCAGUUUAACACAAUCCCCAAAGUGCCGUGAUGCCGUGCUGGUACUACGAUAAGAAGGAGCUGCGGGAGACGCCCUCGAUCUUGGAUGGAAUAAGCUUCGAGACGGAGCGGCGGUACCGAAAAGAGGGUGCACGAUUUAUUAUGGAAUGUGGCACCAAGAUGGGCUUAGGCCACAACACGAUGGCCACAGGUGUUGUAUAUUUUCACCGAUUUUACAUGUUUCACUCGUUCCGAAGCUUCCCUCGUUACGUGACUGCGUGCUGCUGCCUGUUCUUUGCUGGCAAGGUGGAGGAGACGCCCAAGAAGUGUCGCGACAUUAUAAAAACUGCUCGUGGCAUCCUUACUGACAACUACUUUUACUCGUUUGGCGACGACCCUAAGGAGGAGGUUAUGACGCUCGAGCGCAUUCUGCUACAGACUAUCAAAUUUGAUUUGCAGGUAGAGCAUCCAUACACCUUUCUUUUAAAAUACGCUAAGUGUUUUAAAGGCGACCAGCAGAAGCUGCAAAAGAUGGUUCAAAUGGCGUGGAAUUUUGUAAACGACUCUCUCAGCACAGUAGUCUGUCUACAGUGGGAGCCGGAGAUUAUCGCCGUUGCUCUUAUACAUUUGGCCAGUAAGCUAAGCAAAUUUACUGUCCAAGACUGGGAGGGCCGCCAGCCACAGCAACAGCGUUGGUGGGACAUGUUUGUGUCUGAUGUGACGAUGGAAAUACUCGAGGACAUCUGCCACCAAGUUCUGGACCUAUAUCAAUCAACUCAAAAAGAAGCACACCAGCCGACCAGUCCGCCACAAAAGCCACCAAGCAGGGCCGACAGUCCAAAAACCGUCAAGCUUUCUAAUUCUACAGGUAUUGGACCACCUUCCAUUCCACAACAACAGCCGCUGCCCCCACCAUGUGGCAACGGUGGCGUAUUGGAAGUUAGCAACAUUCAGAGCAUUAAGUCCCUAGCCAGUGGCGUGCCAAUCAUAGGUUCCAGCGACUCUCAAAAUCUGUUACAGUGCCCAACCCUUCCUGGUCAGCCUCCUGGGUACCACCUUUAUCAUGCACCGCCACCGCCGCCCCCGCCGGUUGUGCCCUUGGCGCAGUACCCAUCUUCCGGUUGGGGAGUCCAGCAGACUGUAGCUGGACACUAUAGCGGGAGUGCUGCACCACCACCGCCAAUACCGCCCAGCUUGCCACCAGGAAGCAGUGGCUACUACAACGCUGGCGGGCGUCCAUCGCAGCAGCGGUAUCAGUAGACACGCACAGUGGAUGCAAAGUCGAAUAAAUAAGUAAAGAAUAAUAAGUAGUGUAACAUUCUCGGCUGCUUUUCUCUAAUUUCUAUUCCAUAUGCAGAGCUAAAUUCCUUACCCGUUCAUAUGUACAUGCUAACAUUAUUUAACUAAAGUGAUGUUUCCAAAACUGAAUAAACCCAAAUUAAUUAGAAAUAUUUUAAA